GGCGGGUGGAGGAGCGGGGCGGGGGCAGAGCGGGUCCCGCAGCCAGGCGGAGAUGGCGUCGCCGCCGCCGCCUCCCAAGCCCUGGGAGAACCGGCGGCUGGUGGGCACGGUGGCGCCGGCCUUCCAGUCUGCUGACUUGGGGGACAACCUGCUGACCAGGCCUGGACCACCCACAGUUGCACGAAUACCUCCACCUAUUUUGCCAAGACCAUCACACCAAACAGGAAGCAGUAGUCUGAGCACUUUUAGGCCAGCAUAUAGUAGCUCUUUUUCUCCAGGCUAUGGUUCACAUGGAACCUCUUUUUAUGGAAGCUAUAGUCCUUACAGCUAUGGAUAUGGUGGUUUGGGUUAUAACCGCUUUCGUACAGAUGAUAUUCCUCCCAGCAGGUUUGUUCAGCAGGCUGAAGAGAGCAGCAGAGGUGCAUUUCAGUCCAUUGAAAGUAUUGUGCAUGCGUUUGCCUCGGUCAGCAUGAUGAUGGAUGCUACCUUUUCAGCUGUGUACAACAGUUUCAGAGCUGUGUUGGAUGUAGCCAACCACUUCUCCCGCCUCAAAGUACACUUCACAAAGGUGUUUUCAGCUUUUGCUUUAGUGAGAACUAUAAGAUAUCUCUACCUACGUCUACAACGAUUACUAGGUCUGCGGAAGAGCUCUGAGAAUGAGGAUUUGUGGGCUGAAAGUGAGGGGACAGUAUCUCGUGUUGGCCUUGAAGACAAGGUGGCUAACUCUGCAAAAUCUUGGCCCAUUUUCUUGUUCUUUGCUGUUGUAAUGGGAGGUCCCUAUCUGAUCUGGAAACUGCUUUCUACAUACAGUGACGAAGAAACAGGUAAAGAUGAUCUGCAGCACAAGAGAAUAUCUAGUAACUGGGCGAGUGGAGAAGAUGAUCAUGUAGUUGGAAGGGCAGAAUAUGAUUUCAGCGCUCUCUCAGACGAAGAAAUUUCUUUCCGUGCUGGUGACAUGCUAAGAUUAGCACCCAAAGAACAACAACCCAAGAUCCGUGGUUGGCUUUUGGCUAGCUUUGAUGGCCAAACAACAGGACUUGUGCCAGCUAAUUACAUCAAAAUCCUGGGCAAAAGAAGAGGUAGGAAAACAGUGGACCUGGAAAGGAUUAAAGAGAAACGGCCAGCCUUUACCAGGUCAGCUGUUAGAGGAUCAACUGCUGCUGUGACUCUAGAGGAGCAGGAAGCUGCUUUUGAUUCUGUUUUUGCUGGAAGUAAUAAAGUUCCUGUUGCGUCUGACUCCACUGUGGUUAGUGGAAAGAAACAGGAACUCUAAUGCACUUUGAUCAACAAAGCAACUGAACUGUGCUUUAUUGAUAAAACUUAAGGUUUGUUGAAAAUCUGUAUUGUAGUGGGACUCUGAUGGGUCUGUACCAGUUACUGCUGCUGCUGAUUUAUGAAGGGAUGGCGAAAUGAUUGCUUAAAUUUGUCGUAUUUAUUUUUGACUCACCUAAGGCUGUACAUUAGUGAUUCUACCCAAGCCCCUGGCAGCAACUCUAAGACCUUGAGACAAGGAGAAUUGAGGCAUUUAUAACAAAGCAAACAAAAAGAAAAAAAUAGGGUAUGCUGGCCUAGUCUUGUUAAGGAGACAAACUCUUGGUGAUGUCUGAGAUUGAUGUCCAGUCUUCAUUAGAAUGUCGGCUUGACAAGAGGCCUCUUCAAUAGAUGUGCAAAAGGAAGGUAGAUUUCUGUGAGAUGACCUCCAAAACAACACAGUAGUAAUAAUGUAUUGUUUCCCCCGAAAGGAGGGAGAAUUGCAAGAGAUUUAGGUGACGCAAUUCAAUCAUUAGAAGUUCUAAGUUGCUUGCUUUUCAUAAGAAGUAGGGCUUCUGUCAUAAAGACCUUGGCUCUUACUAAAAAGGGACUUGUGAGGCAGGGGGGAGAAAUACAGUUUACCAGGAAGAGCAGUGAGGCUCUGGCAGUAGUUCUAACCAGUUCUCUUUUGUUUAUUAAAAGAACAUGAGAAUAAACGGUAUCCUGCAGUCAGGCACUUUCCAGCGCACUUAUUAAUUGUCAUUCCCUUCUGUGGUAAACUUGGCAUCCCUCCUAGCUGUUUUGUGUUGUAGCCUUUUAACUGCCUAUCAAUAGUCUGUAUCAACUGCCACCUGCAUCUCAACUUAUUUCUCUUCUUUAUUGGGUUUAUACAAAUAUCAAAAUAUCUAUCCUACCUUUUAGUGCAGUAGGGAAGCAUUGGUUUGAGGGAAGUUUAAUGUAAUUUGAGUGGCAAAGAAAAGUAAAGUUUCUUGCUUGAUUGUCUCAGUUAGCUAAGGUCUUGGCGUUAGCUCUUUAUGCUGCCUUUCAGGUGGUAGACUUUGCAUCUGCCUAUAAAAUUUGGGGGCUUUGGUUUAUCAAAAGCCAUAAAAACAUGACGACUAUUCAAAGUAUUUCGUAUUUUCUUCAUAUUGGUGUUUGAGAAUUCUGUGUUGAAAUAAGUUGUUUUGGGUUGGGUUUUUUUUUAAUUGAAGCAGAGGUAAUUAAAAGUUUUUUCCUUGUAGUAUAUAUGUAUAACAUGUUGAGCUUCUGAAGGUUAGAGCAAUGGAUAAAAUAGUGAAAUCUUGUCUUAAUCAUUAAAAUAGCUUUUCUUUUUUAUUUUAAAAGUACUCGAAAGUAUUAGUAGGGCAUGUGCCUUUGCUUAGUUGAUCCAGUAGUUUCAGUUUGGCUGUUUCUACAGAAAUCUUGAAAACCCAUUAUGUGUUAGCAAAGCUUUCAGUAUUUAUACUUCAAUUACGUUUGCUGACCUUGAGUUCUUAGAAUUCUGUUCACUACAACAAAACUACGACGAGGAAAAAUUGAAGUGAGCACAGUUUUAUUGAGGUAGAGCAGUUGAAAAGACGGGUAUUACACUGGAACCUUGGAUUUUAAAGUAAUCUCUGAAUCCCUGUUGUUGAUAAUUAGAGCAAGGAUUUAAGUGGUUGUGCUCAGGUAUUGGGAGAUGGUGUGAAGAAUCAUUUUUACUGGACUUAGAUCUUCAAGUGCAGAGGAAAAGCAAAGAGUAGUUAAAGGGCAAAUGAGAAACUUGACACGAGGUUUACUAGGUUUAAAACAGAACAUGUUCCUGAGAUAUUUCCCUGUGUAUCAGGGCAUUGAAGAAAAAUAUCUAUUUUUGGAAAUGAUGUCUUUUGUUGAAAUAAAAAUAGCAAACAAUCCUGAAAUAUAAAAAAUAUAGAGGAAAAACGCAGGGGGAGGGUAUCAAGUGUACAGUUCUGCUUAGGGUGUGUAUUCAUGGAAGGGAUUCAUAUACUGUUGUGAGAUUUAAUUAAUGGACUGUCAGCCUCUCUUGUGUCAGUGAAAGAUUUCAAUCAAAGGAAGGGACUUUUAAAUAAAUGAAUAAAUAAAUCCCAAACUUUUUGCAGAGUACCCACUCAAGCAGACUUCUGUUUUCCUGUUCAGAACAAGUUGGGAAACAGUGCCAUGAUGUUUGUCAGAAUCUUUAAAUCUUAUUAAUAUUUAGAAAGAUUAGUUUAAUUUCUCUUUCAGGUCAUACUAUCUUGAAAACAAUUCUUUUAGGUUAUUAUAGGUUAUUAAUAACAGUCAUCUUUAUAGUGGUUUGGCUGAGUCUACCAAUCGCUACCUGUCAUAACUAUCUGCUGAAUCUUGAUAAGAAUAUUGACCCUUUCCAUCUUGUGAUUAAUUUAAAUGGGAAAAGAAGGCUCUGAGGCAAUGAAGUAAGUUAUUGAACUUACAGUUAAUUGUACUGAUUGCAGAAGGGUAUUAAAAUUCGUUGAAGUAAAAUGUAUACUGUGCUUUAAGAGUUGUUUUUUUUUAAUGCACAAACUAGCAUCAGGAAAAAAGUGAGUCCUACAGUUUCAUUAUCUACAUUUCUGCCUAUAUGUCAGGCUACAGAAAAAACACCUAAAUGAUUGCUGAUUGAAAAAGGGAGGCGGGUUGCCAGGCUGCUCAAGACUUGCACAACUUUAGAAAGGUGAGAAGACUAAAAGGAGCAGGCGCAGCUGCAACAGGAGUACGUAGAAGAGAUCAGAAAAGAGGUGCUGUUGAAAUAUUGCUAAACUUAUGCAUUAGGCAAUUGACUCUUAUUUUAAGAUGUGUACAUACCAAGUUACCUUUAUGUUAUUCUUUGCACCUACUUUAUAUAUACCUUCAGCAGAUCUAGAAGUCUGUAAGAGUCCUGUGACAUUUUUUUUAUAGAAGGGUUUAGUUUAGUCUUAGUUUAAUCUUUCUGAUACUGUUUAGUAUACGAACCAUUUUAUGCUCAAAUACUGUCUGAACUAAUGACAAAUGCCGGUUUUGACUGGUUCUCUGGGUGCUAGCGGUAUGCGAACUCAUGCACAUUCAAAGCUUUGUUCAGGCUGCUGAAUAAUAAAUUUAAAAGAUUCUCUUUCUCCAGCAGAAUUUAAUAAAAUUGUCUGCUUCUUUUGCA